GACAUGGCCGCUGUAUCGGCAAUACAACACUUGCAAUGUUUUGUAUAUUCAUAUUCAUUUUUUAUAAUGAAUAAGUUGUUUUAUACUUACAAGUAGUGAUUAGUGGUUUGUGUAGAGUGCUGUGAUAUUUGUAAUGGAUGCAGAGAGCGGAUAUGAAAUCAAAAGAGCUCGUGAUGCAAUUCAGAUGAUAGAGACCAUACAGUCAAUGAUAGAUGUUUCGGCGGAUAGACUGGAAGGUUUGAGGACACAAUGCUUAACAAGCGCAGAACUGACGCAGCAGGAGAUUCGGACUCUGGAGGGUAAACUGGUGAAGCAUUUCUCGAGGCAACUGGUGAUAAAGGCAAAGUUCGGCGAGGAGCUGCAGAGGGAGUUGCGCGAUGUGCCGAGCUUGAGACAGUGGCUGAGGGUGGUGGGGCUCAGCGUGGACGCUAUCGAGGCGGUCUGUUCGCGCAUAUCAUCACUGGAGGCGCUCAGGGAGCGUUCGGAGCAUGAGCUGCGCGCGAUACUGUGCGGCGCGAGGGACGAGGAGGUGCGCCGGCUGGGGCGGGCGAUGCAGCGGCUUAGGAGCUAUACAGAGGCCCUAGCGCGGGGCCACGAAGCGGUGGAGCUGCCCCUCUACUGGGACAGCUGGGAGCGGCACGGGCGGGGCUCGCCGCGCACCAGGGAGGACAGGAACCACAAGCGGGCCCCCCGGGUGCAGGGCAACGGUGGUAAAUCCCCAACGACACCGGUGGGCAAGCGGAGGCAGAACUCCCACCUGCCCGCACCGGACUCGCUCACGAAGUCACGCUCGCACGAGUCGCAACUGUCGGUUAGACCGGACGCUUCAGAUCAUAGUGACAACAGCCAAUCGUCGGCGGUGGGCAACGCGGAGGCGAGCCCGCCGGCCUCGCCGCACGAGCACGAACACCCGCAGAGGAUAUACGAUACGCAUCAUGGCAGCCCAGCGAUGAGCGUGGGCGGGCCGCGGUCGCCGCGCGUGAGCACGGUCACGCCGAUGACCGCGGUCACGGUCACCGGGAGCACGGGCGCGCCCAUGGGCGCGGUGGGCGGGUGCAUGGCGCACGACAUUGCGCACCGUUUCACGAAAACGUUCAACAUGAUCGCGACGUGCGACUUCUGCGACAAGCAAAUGCUGUUCGGUUCCGGUUUGAAGUGCAAAGAGUGCAAGUUCAAGUGUCACAGAGACUGCGAAAGCAAGGUGCCGCCAUCCUGUGGGCUGCCGCAGGAAUUCGUUAACGCGUUCAAGGAAAAGUUUCAUAAAGACGGUGGUUAUUACUUGUCAUCUCCGGGCCGCAUCAUCCCGCCGCUGACGCCCAAGCGGAGGCAGAGGCCGCCAGCACACCAUUAUUCGGGCAACCCCGACUCGUCGUCGAACACGUCAUCGUGCAACAGUUCCACGCCGUCGUCGCCCGCGCUCGCCCCGCCCGCGCCGGCGCACCAUCAGCACCACCACCAGCACCAGCACCAGCAGCACCAUCAGCACCAACACCAGCACCAGGCGGACAGGAGGCGAUUCCACUUCCCCGGUGAGUGGGAUGUGAAACCCACUGUGUCGAGUCCGAACCACACGUCGGCUGUCCAGUCACCAGCGCGGACGACGGCCGACUCCAAACAUGAUCUCACCUGCAGUGUGCGUAGCGAGGGCUCCGGGCAGGUGUCGCUGAGCGGCUCGGGCUCCACGGACAGCGGCGGCGCCGCGCGGGACAACUCCGUCGAGCUCGCCGCGCACGACGAGCGGUGGCCGCGCCAGAACAGCCUGUCGAUGAAGGAGUGGGACAUACCGUACGACGAGCUGAAGCUGUACGAGGUGAUCGGCGCCGGGCGCUUCGGCACCGUGUACCGCGGCAGCUGGCACGGCGCCGUCGCCGUCAAGCUGCUGCACGUGCACGCGCUCAGCGACCACUGUGCGCCGCUCGACACCUUCAAGCACGAGGUGGCGACGUUCCGCAAGACGCGGCACGAGAACCUCGUGCUGUUCAUGGGCGCGUGCAUGAAGCCGCCGCGGCUCGCGAUCGUGACGUCACUGUGCAAGGGCAUGACGCUGUACACGCACAUCCACCUGCGCAAGGACAAGUUCACCGCCAACAAGAGCGUGCUGGUCGCGCAGCAGAUAUCGCAGGGUAUGGGAUAUCUACACGCGAGGGGCAUCGUGCACAAAGACCUCAAAACGAAAAACAUAUUCUUAGAAAACGGCAAGGUGGUGAUCACCGAUUUUGGUCUGUUCAGUGUCACGAAGCUGUGUUUUGGUAACAACGCUCGCGGCGACAGCCUCGGCAUCCCGUCGGGCUGGCUGUGCUACCUGGCGCCGGAGCUGGUGCGCGCGCUGCGGCCGCACGCCUCGCUGCACCUGCCCUUCUCCAAGCACACGGACGUGUACGCGUUCGGAACUGUGUGGUACGAACUGCUAUGCGGGGAGUAUCCAUUCAAGGGUCAACCGGCGGAGGCGGUGAUAUGGCAAGUGGGGAAGGGGGCAAAACAGUCACUUGCUAACAUGCAGGCCUCUAGAGAUAUUAAGGACAUCCUGAUGCUCUGCUGGUCGUACCGAGCCAGCGAGCGGCCAGACUUCCCCCACCUGCUGUCCACGCUGGAGAAACUCCCGCGCAAGCGGCUAGCGCGCUCUCCCUCGCACCCCGUACACCUGUCUCGCUCCGCGGACUCGGUGUUCUGAGAGCGGCUCGGCGCGCUGUGCGUACGCCCAUAGGGCCCUACGGAACACAGUGCUCGGACAGUGCAGUGAUUGUGAUAACAGUGUCGUGUUAGAAACAGUGUUGUGUUGGAUGCAGUGGUUGUGCUAAGCGAAGGGAGGGUUGAGAGUACUACUUGACAGUUUAGUGAAUUUGAGUAGAAUUUUAAGGUGAAUUUGAAUGUUUGUUUGUGCAAUUACGCUUCUUUUUAGUUAUCAUGUAUUUUACGACAUCUUAUGUGUUUCAGUGAACACUGGUCGGUUAAUAAUUGUUGUAUUAUUUGACGAUAGAUGUAUGUCUCUGAAGUUGUAUACAUUUUAAACGGGUAAUUUUAUUAGAAGCAUAGUUGCAUGAAUGAAUGUUUGAGUAUAAUCAAGUCUUUCAAUGUUUGACCAAGUAAUAACAUAACUUCAUGCAUGGGUGUGCCUAAUUGGAUGCCAUCUAUUGGUAUAACGGUAUACAGUCCCACACUCUUUAUUUGCUUUGAAAAAUAAAUUUUAUUACGAUGAUUAGAUUAUUGAAAAUGUGAAGUUAGUAAAAUGUUUUAUUGGUUUUAUUAAUUUUGAA